AUGUCUCCAUUACACUCUGCUCCGCAUGAACCUGAAACGGAACAGCAUGUUACUUACGACACUGCCGAAACAGAACAGCUCGCGUCCUCUAACUUGCCUACAGAAACUGACCUUUCUUCAUCGACAGAUUCAGAUACAGCAGAGGUCUUAACACCUGCAACUGUCGAAACAGAACAGUCAGCCUCUCUACCCGACAUUAAUACUAAUACUGAGCAACCGUCUGACGCAGAUAUAGAUCAGACUAAUUCUCCUGCCUUAGUUCUGACUGAAACACCUACUACGGCAACAGAGCCAUUACCUACGCCUACAACAGUAACGUAUGUGGCAGAUUUACAUUCACCUCCUACUUCUCCGAUACAAGAGCUUGGGCGUGGUCUACGAGCAAAGAGCAUACCAGCUAAGCUACAAGACUACGUCUUACAAACCAUCACACCCCAUCGUCACUUUCUCGCGGCUAUCUCAUCGUUGAAAGAACCUACCUCUUAUCGUCAAGCAAUAUUAGACGAGAUUUGGCGCAACUCGAUUAAGGAUGAAUAUGUGGUUCUUGAGGAGAAUGGCACUUGGGUUGUUGUUCACUUACCUCCUGAUAAACAUGCUCUCAGCUGCAAAUAG